CUUUGAAAAAAAUACAGCUCUAUUGUGUCGCUUGCUGAUGACGUCACAUCGCAGGCGCCGGUUGAAUCUUAAAACAGUUGCUAAAAGAGUGAAAACUUGGAUUUUUCCUUAAAAAGCAGCUACCAACGUGAUCCGGUACCACUGGAGGAUGCACACGUCAGUGCGUGAAAUCUGCCUCCCACCUGAAUCGGACUCCUCGUUCUUCCUGCGGGUGGACUGGGAGGGGCGGAGCUUAUCUUCAGGCUUCCAGCUGCUGCUGACUGAUGGACAGGACGCAUGGAGAGGUGAAGUGAGCGAAGAAGCAAUUAGCGAGGCAGAGGAGCUGGAGAUGCAGAAGGAGAAGUACAUCCUUGACCUCCAGGAGGCUCUGAUGGAAGCUGAAAACUCAGCCUUGUACAGCUUUACCCUGACCCCGGACCCACCGAACCGCAGCUCCACUGUUACCCUGAUGUAUGAGAAGAUGCAGAGGGACAUCUCAUUCAGACUGGGCUGUGUCCAUCUGAAGGCCGUCUCGGAGCCAGUGGAGGCAGUAAGGCAGGUGCUGAUCCACAGUCUGCAGCGAGGAAACACUCUGCAGCAGCGCAACCACAAACUGACAGAGGAGAACCAGAGGCUGAGACGAGAACACCAGAGCAUCACUGCACAGCUGAAGGGCUACUCUGAGGGUAAAGAGGCCCUUGAGGCAGAGCUGUACUCUCGGUUUGUUCUGGUCCUCAAUGAGAAGAAAGCAAAGAUCCGCAGUUUGCAGGAAACCGUCACAAACCUGCAGGAAGCAAAGACUUCUGAUGGACAGAGGAGCAGAGAUUCUGCAAAGUCAGACCAAACAGCAGGUCAGGGUGGUGAGGUGGAGGAGGAUGAGUAUGGAGGCAGCACUGAUGAAGAGCCAGAGGACGUGCAGCCAACACCAGUUCCUGAUCUACCUUCCCGAGAAUCCUCUACUCCGAGCCCUCUGGGUCUGCGUGACAUCACUGAUGUGGCUCCAUGUCGCAAACGCCGCUUCCGCCACCUCGAGGUCCUGGAGCCCGCAGUGAAAAAAUCUAAUCCAGCUGCUGCAGAAAGCAAAAGGAUGGGCUCCAAUCAGCUGCAGACUCCCCAGCGCUCUACAGAUGCUGCAGCAGCAACAUCUGCAGCUGAGGACCUGUUUGAGGACCUCUGACUUCCAGACGACUGCAUUUAUAUUCAAGUACUCAGGAGGUCUUAUUUACACUUAAUGUUAGUAAUCUGAGACACUAAUAUUAUGAUAUCAGGCUAGAAAAGUGACCAUAAAUGAAGCUAAAUUAAAGAAAGAACACACCAUGCUGUUCUAAGUACAGAACAUGUUUGAAUUUUUAGGAAUUUUGAAAAAUAUUUAAAUGAAACAAAUAAUGUGCAUCAUGAAUGUGAUUUCUCUGUGUUAGUUGUGUUUUCUAUUUGCCACAAUAAAAUGUCUUGUAUGUCC